CAGGGUGUGAGUUCAAUGGGCAGCGCGGAGGGAUGCGCAGGGGCCCGUCGCGGCCCGGCUGCUGCCUGCGCUCGGGGACUCGCUUCUGCUGCCAUCUCACGGCGCCCCCCGCCGCCGCCCUCAGCCCGUAGUAGAAGAUGUUACACUUGUUGAAGGAAGGAAGAGGUUAUGUGAAAGACAAGAUUGCAAAGUAGCUUUCUGGCUUGGAGACUAACACAUGGGAACUGAGGAAGGUUGCACAAAUGUUUUGCUCAACAGUGUGUUUAAUGUAAACUUCACCUGUAAUCACCUCCUCCACACGCUUUAGCAGGGCUUCGUCUUUGGCCUUUCAAAUGGACAUUAAGUGACACUGAAUGUUAGCUGCAAGAAUUUUAUAAGUACUGCAUCAGCUGGGAUGUUGCGACAGAACGGUGGAAGUAACAAGCGUGGUUUGGGAUUAGCCCGACUGUCUACAUCCAAUUUCUUCACCAUCUCCAAUUCAGGAAACUGGGGAAUGGGGCGCAGCGGCAAGAGCAACUCUCUGAGCAGUAUUAGCUCCAACUCUGAUUGCUAUGACAGUCCUGUUGUGGAUCCAGAAUACAUCAUGCAGUUGGUGAAUGAUGUCAGAAAAUUUGCAGAUGUGCUACUCUAUUUGAAAGAAGCCAUUCUUUCAGAAGAAAAUGAAGGCUGUCUGCAUCAUGUUGUUCAUGAACGUUUAGGGGAGCUGCUGCGUGUCCUAAAGGCAGUGAUAAAUAAACAUCAGACUCUCAAUUCAGUUGACAUUCUUAGUGCUGCAGGAACAGUCAUCGCAAAGGUGAAAGCUGUGAACUUCAAAGAAGUGAAUGAAGAAAACAAGAGAGAACUCUUCAGUGAAAUAUUUUCGUCUAUUGACACAUUGGCAUUCACCUUUGGAAACGUUGUUUCAGACUUCCUUAUGGGAGAUGUAGACAAUGGUUCUUCACUGGGACUUCCUGUAUCUCGUAGAAGUCGGUCUUUUGAAAACCUUUCCGUGGAGUCUGUGGGAUCACUACAUGAACGGGAAGAUGUUCAAGAUACAGGACAUCUUCGGGCUGAAGAGGUCGAUAGCAUGCUCCUAAGAAAUGACAGCGGAAUUGAAUCAGCUCUGUCUUAUGCUAAAGCUUGGUCAAAAUAUGCCAAGGAUGUAGUCAUAUGGAUAGAAAAAAAACUUAGCCUGGAAGUGGAAUGUGCUAAAAACUUAGCAAAAAUGGCUGAAACUGCAAAAGCUAUUGUUGGACCCCAGGAUUACAUGCCAUUCCAAUCUAUAUUCAUAAACGCUUUUCAAAAUGAUAUUGAGAACAGUCAGCUUUGGCAAAAAACAGCAGCUGCUCUCCAGACUAACAAAUUUGUGCAGCCUCUUGUAGGAAGAAAAAAUGAGUUGGAUAAACAAAGGAAAGAUAUCAAGGAACUUUGGCAGCGAGAACAGAAGAAAAUGCAAGAACUGGAAGCUACUCUAAGAAAAGCAAAGCUACUGUACCUGCAACGUCAAGAGGAGUAUGAAAAGGCAAAAUCUUCCACCAUUCGAGCUGAGGAAGAACAUCUGAGCACAAGCAGCAGUCUUGUGAAAGAUGUCAGCAAACAGUUGGAGAAAAAGCGAAAGCUAGAAGAGGAGGCUCUUCAGAAAGCUGAAGAGGCCUGUGAACACUACAAGGCCAGCAUGGCAGAAGUUGAAGAAAAGCGAAAUGAUCUGGAAAGCUUCAAGAGUGAUACCUUAACACAGCUUCGGGAACUUGUUUUUCAGUGUGAUCUUACUCUUAAAGCUGCAACAGUUAACCUGUUCCAAAUGCAGCAUGCCCAGGUUGUAUCUCUUCCAGUUAACUGUCAGACCCUCUGUGAGAACGCCAAGCUCUAUGACCCAGGACAGCAGUAUUUGGAGUUUGUGAAAAGUUUGCCAAAAGAAGACAUUCCCAUUGAAUCAGGUUCUUUUGAAAUUCAGAGUUCCGAGGUUGAUGGGGCUUUUAGUAAACAACCAACAAACAGUGCCCAUGCAUCACAUGGAAACUUAUCCCAGUGUUCAGGAGACUUUCCCACCCAGUCUUUAGAAGAUGGAAGCCCAUCUUAUCGUCGUUUCCAAAAAAUUGGGGAGAAGAGGUCUUCCAGCAGCACAGAUAUCCAAGCAGUGCGAGGACCCCCGCCAUUCAGAUCGUGGUCAGUUGGCAACCAAAGUGGAGGAAUGUGCAGUGAUUCUGAAAGUGCAGGAGGAAGCAGCGAAUCACGAUCCAUGGACUCUCCAUCUGCUAGUCCAGCGGAUUUUAAGAGAAGGCUUCCCCGAACACCAUCUACUGGCACUAUGUCAUCUGCAGAUGAUCUUGAUGAAAGGGAACCACCUUCUCCUUCAGACUGUGGUUUAAAUGAUUUAACGUCUGAAAUUGCCAGUUCACCGGGACCUUUUAGAAACACUCUUCUGUCCAAGGCAGCUCAAACACACAAGCUGCGAAAGUUGAGGGCUCCAUCUAAAUGCAGAGAAUGUGACAGCCUAGUGGUAUUCCAUGGAGCAGAAUGCGAGGAGUGCUCACUCACUUGCCACAAGAAAUGUUUAGAGACUUUAGCUAUUCAGUGUGGGCACAAAAAACUUCAUGGAAGACUUCAUUUGUUUGGGGUGGAAUUUGCUCAAGCUGCUAAAAAUGUCCCUGGUGGCAUCCCUUUCAUCAUCAAAAAAUGUACCUCUGAAAUUGAAAGCAGAGCCCUGAAUGUAAAGGGUAUCUAUCGUGUGAAUGGAGCCAAAUCAAGAGUUGAAAAGCUUUGUCAAGCUUUUGAAAAUGGAAAGGACUUGGUGGAACUGUCAGAGCUCUAUGCACAUGACAUCAGUAACGUCCUUAAAUUAUACCUUCGUCAGCUCCCAGAACCUUUGAUUUUGUUUCGGCUUUACAACGAAUUCAUUGGACUUGCGAAAGAGAGUCAGAAUGUUAAUGAGGAACUGGACAUGAAACAGACUAGCCCCAGAUCAAAGAAAAGACAGUCAGUUUGUAUUGAACUGAACAGAAUAAUCAUCAAAAUGAAAGAUCUCCUCAAACAGCUGCCUAUACCAAACUAUAACACUCUUCAAUACCUUAUAGGACAUCUUCAUAGAGUGACUGAACAAUCUGAUGAAAAUAAAAUGUCAGCUAGCAAUCUUGGCAUAAUAUUUGGCCCAACUCUAAUCAGGCCACGACAGACAGAUGCCGCAGUUUCACUCUCUUCGCUUGUGGACUAUCCAUAUCAAGCUCGGGUGGUAGAGCUGCUCAUAACUUACUAUGAAAAGAUCUUUGAUGUUUUGCUGCAGCCACUCUCAACUGCAAUUCAGUCUGAAGAAAAUGCUGCUCCAUUUAAAACUGCUUCAUCAACAGGAGAGAGCGAGCCACAGCAGCAAAGGAAGUCAUUUAUUGCUGUAAAGGAAGGCAUCCUGCUAAUUCCAAGUGAGAGUAAAGCUUCAGAAACUGCUUCAUCAUUUGAGCAACUAGAUGACAGCAAGAACACGAGAGAGAGAUCAGAUGCAUCUGUGACUGAACGUAUCUCACUGCCACUCACUGGAACUAAAGAGGAGGACUUUGGCAAGAGGAAUUCUCCAUCAGAACCCCCAGCUACCAGAGUUCUGGAUAUUAAUAUUCUUACUCCAAAAGCGCCAGGCAAUACUCUGACUCCAGUUUCAGACAAAGACAAUGAACUCUCUCUUGCUCUAGCUGAAGAUGGCUGUAAAGUCAAUAAUUUGCUACCUAUAAAACCUAGUCGCCAAAUAACCAAAGUCCAGUUACGAUCUCCAAGGACAAAGCCAGUUAUUCGUCCUGUGAGUUUACCUGUAGAUCGAAUGCUUCCUCCAUGUGUUUUGAAUGAGAGAAACUCAGGAAAUGUAGCAGUUUUAAGUCCAGAAAAGCUUGGCAGGAGUCCUACCAUUGAAGAGGUUUCAGAGACUAAGGCACUUCCUGCUGUUAAUGCCUGUUGCAGACUUUCUUGUUACGACACACAGACUCUGAGGAAAACUUGGGACAAGCAGUAUAAACAGUAUGAUAUGACUCCAAGGACAGCAAUGAUUAUGACCAAUAUACCCCAAGAGAACCGAGCACAUGAGAGUGGAAGUGCAUCUGCCUUAUCUUCAUCCUACAGCAUUGGUAACAAUUCAGUGAAUGCCAUACUUCCCAAUAAGCCAUGCACUGUACCUGUCAGAUCUGUGAGGAUGACAACAGAAGGGAAUGGUCCAGAUUCUAAUCCUCUUGCUGCUUUCAGACCACCAAGAACUUUGCAGCCACCGCCAGGAACUUUUUAUAAACCACCUUCUAAUAACAAAGCCAAGCAAAAUGAGGAGGGUUCUGUUCCUAAUGCUUGUGCGGCAGCCAGUGCUAGCUCUGUUCUUGCCCAAGAUAACACUGUGAAAUUGAUAAGGAACUCUGCACUUGUAUCAGGUGCUCCUGGACAGCAUGCAAAUCAACAAAAAAUGAGCUCAGAGGACCUUCAUCCUGUAGACCUGAAGCCCACCUAUAAGAGACUAAGACCAAAACGUAUGCAAGAAUUAGAACACAGGGAAGCUCAUUUUGUAUAGGGCAGCAAAUACUUCUUGGAAUGUUAAUACAAUUUACUGAUCUUGUCAAUAUAGAUUUUUUUUUCCUCCCCCCAUUGAGGAUCCCACUUUUGUGCCAUACUGGAAAUAUAUAUAUACACAUAACAGCAUUUUAAAAGUGGGGGAGGAAACUGUGAAGGAAAAAUGAAGUUGAAUUUUUUUAAUUCAGUACAUUUUCAUAAAGGUCUAUUUAAUUAAAUGCAUUCCCAGUGUAGCUAGAGCUGUAGAAGGUGCACUUGGUAAGACACUGAGCUUCAAUUCCCUGGGUGAAAUGAAUUAUUUAUAGCAAGAAAUUAUUGCUCUUGUGUGCAGCAAUGGAAGGAGCCAUUUUUUCAAUAUAAAUUUGUACUAAAGAUGGAGAGUUUGAUGCUCAACUGUUUAAGCAUAAACCAAAGCUUGUGCUUUGCUCUGUAAAGCUUCUGUUCAGUUUUCCAGUCUUUGCAAUUAAAGCUUUGCUCCUGAAUAGAUUACAUACUGGCCAACAUGGCCUAUAAUUGUGUAUUAUAUAUGUAUAUUUUAUGCCAAUAUGUUCAUCUGUUGCCAGUUUUCAAUGUUGUCACUUUAAUGUUAUUUGUACAGAAAGAUGCACUUACUGAGCUGUAGUAGUGAAAACCAGAAAUGACUUCAUAUCCAGUUACAGGUAGUAUAACUUAGUGAGUGGAUCAAAUACACACAGCCUAGCUAGUUCAGAUGACCUUCGGGUGAGUACCCCUGGCAGUGGUGCUGUUGUUCCUGGUUACAAAAUAGCCAGUGCUUUCCCGUGCUGUAGGUCAGUUUCACUUCUUGCCUAAUGUAACUGAAAUGAAGAGUAUAGUUUUGCCAUAUGGUGAAAUAGGUGAAAAUAACAAAUAUAUAUAUAUAUAUCAGCAUUAGUAGGUGCAUCUAUUGGUUUUUCACUUUGUAUUAAAUGUUUUAUAUGUACACUGCUAUAUUUGCUUAAAAAAUAUAUUAACUUGUUAACAUUUU